AGCCUCCCGGGAAGUUCUCGGAAGUGAAAGCAUUAGAGGGGUUUGAGUCUGCGCGCCGCCGCUGUCGGUUUCCUACGCGGCCACCUCUGACGAAGAGCCGGGACUUUCUUGCCUGUGGCGCCUGCUCCACGUGCCACCUGUUCCACGUGCUUGUCUUCUCCGCCCCAAGUGGCGCUCGCAGUAUCUUGACGACACUGCUGAGAGGUAACGGGGGAGGUAGCGGCAAAGGAACUCGGCUGCCGGGGUCGGGGAGAAGGUGGUGGUGCAGGAGGGCGUUGAGUAAGCGCCUGCUGGAUGCCCGGCACCGGACAGCGCUUGCUCUUGGGGAGUUGCCGAUUUAACGAGUGAGCCAGCGGGUAGGCAGACGGACGCCGGCUACUUUGCGGCCGGGCGAGAGAGGAGCCGGGAGCCGGGAGCCGGGAGCAGGGGGCGGGACCUGGCAGGAAGCGAAUUCGUUCAGGUUUGCUGUUUCCUUCUCCAGCUCCUUUGACAGAUGAGGAAACAGAGGCAAGCAGGAUUAAGGGCUCUCCUUCACUAUGCAGAGGAAGAAGGUGGAUAACCGCAUCCGAGUUCUCAUUGAGAAUGGAGUGGCAGAGCGGCAGAGGUCUCUCUUUGUCCUUGUGGGGGACCGAGGGAAGGAUCAGGUAGUCAUUCUCCAUCACAUGUUGUCCAAAGCAGCCGUGAGGGCCAGACCAUCUGUAUUGUGGUGUUACAAGAAAGAACUGGGGUUCAGCAGCCACCGCAAGAAGAGACUGAGGCAGCUGCAGAAGAAGAUCAGGAGUGGGACACUGAGUGUCAACCAGGAUGACCCCUUUGAGCUCUUUGUGGCUGCCACCAACAUCCGCUAUUGCUACUACAAUGAGACCCACAAGAUCCUGGGGAACACCUUCGGCAUGUGUGUCCUGCAGGAUUUUGAGGCCCUGACCCCAAACCUGCUGGCUCGGACAGUGGAGACGGUGGAAGGGGGCGGCAUCAUUGUGAUCCUCCUGCGGACCAUGAACUCCCUCAAACAGCUGUAUACCAUGACUAUGGAUGUGCAUUCCCGCUACCGGACAGAGGCACACCAGGACGUGGUGGGACGAUUUAACGAGAGGUUCAUUCUCUCCUUGGCCUCUUGUAAGAACUGCAUCGUCAUUGAUGAUCAGCUCAACAUCUUGCCCAUCUCGAGCCACAUAGCCAACAUCCAGCCAUUGCCCCCAAAGACACAGGAGGAUGAUCUCUCCCCCUCAGACCUGGAACUGAAAGAAUUGAAGGAGAGCCUGCAGGACACCCAGCCUGUGGGUGUGCUCGUGGACCGCUGUAAGACGCUGGACCAGGCCAAGGCUGUCCUCAAGUUCAUCGAAGCCAUCUCGGAGAAGACCCUGAGGAGCACUGUGGCACUCACCGCCGCCCGGGGCCGCGGGAAGUCAGCUGCCCUGGGAUUAGCCAUUGCUGGGGCCGUGGCUUUCGGAUAUUCCAACAUCUUUGUCACCUCCCCCAGUCCAGACAACCUGCACACCCUGUUCGAGUUUAUCUUUAAAGGCUUUGAUGCCCUGCAGUACCAGGAGCAUUUAGACUAUGAGAUCAUCCAGUCAUUGAAUCCUGAGUUUAACAAGGCAGUGAUCCGGGUGAACGUGUUCCGUGAGCACCGACAGACCAUCCAGUACAUUCACCCAGCAGAUGCAGUGAAGCUGGGCCAGGCUGAGCUGGUUGUGAUUGAUGAAGCUGCUGCCAUCCCUCUGCCAUUGGUGAAAAACCUGCUUGGACCCUACCUUGUGUUCAUGGCUUCCACCAUCAAUGGGUAUGAGGGAACUGGCCGAUCAUUGUCCCUCAAGCUGAUUCAGCAGUUGCGACAGCAGAGUGCCCAGAGCCAGAUAAGUACCACAGCGGAAAACAAGGCCACCACCACGGCCCGACUAGCCUCAGCUCGGACGCUGCAUGAAGUUUCCCUCCAGGAAUCAAUCCGAUACGCACCUGGAGACCAUGUAGAGAAGUGGCUCAAUGGUUUAUUGUGUCUUGACUGCCUCAACAUCACCAGGAUUGUGUCUGGCUGCCCUCUCCCUGAUACCUGUGAACUCUACUAUGUGAACCGAGACACCCUCUUCUGUUACCACAAGGCCUCUGAAGCCUUCUUGCAGAGACUGAUGGCGCUCUAUGUGGCUUCUCACUACAAGAAUUCCCCCAAUGACCUUCAAAUGCUCUCUGAUGCCCCAGCUCAUCAUCUCUUCUGUCUCCUGCCACCAGUUCCUCCUACCCAGAACUCCUUGCCAGAAGUACUUGCUGUUGUACAGGUUUGCCUUGAGGGGGAAAUCUCUCGACAAUCCAUCCUGAACAGUUUAUCUCGUGGGAAGAAGGCGUUUGGAGAUCUCAUUCCCUGGACCAUCUCUGAGCAGUUCCAGGACCCUGAUUUUGGCAGCCUCUCUGGUGGAAGGAUCGUCCGCAUUGCUGUGCACCCAGAUUAUCAAGGGAUGGGCUACGGCAGCCGGGCCCUCCAACUGCUUCAGAUGUACUAUGAGGGCCAGUUCCCCUGCUUGGAGGAGAAAGUCAUCCAGAAGUCACAAGAAAUUAACACCGUGAGCAGCGAGGCUGUCAGUUUGUUGGAAGAGGCUGUGACCCCCCGGAAGGACCUGCCCCCCUUACUCCUUAAGCUGAGCGAGAGGCCUGCCGAGAACCUGGACUACUUGGGUGUCUCCUACGGACUGACCCCCAGAUUGCUAAAGUUCUGGAAACGGGCUGGAUUUGUUCCUGUGUAUCUGAGACAGACACCGAAUGACCUGACGGGAGAGCACUCUUGUAUCAUGCUGAAGACUCUAACGGAAGAGGAAGAUUCCGAGCAGGAUCCCUGGCUCCCUGCUUUUUGGAAAGAUUUCCGGAGGCGUUUCCUGUCCUUGCUCUCCUACCAAUUCAGCUCUUUCUCGCCUGCCCUGGCUCUGAACAUCCUACAAAAUAAAAACAUUGGGGAGAAAUCCCAGGCUGAACUGAGCAGAGGAGAGCUGGAGGCCACCUUCCUUUCCUAUGAUCUGAAGAGGCUAGAGAUGUAUUCCCGGAACAUGGUGGAUUAUCAUCUGAUCAUGGAUUUGAUCCCAGCCAUCUCCAGGAUGCACUUCCUGAACCAGCUUGGGCAGCAGCUAUCCUUGUCGGCCGCACAGUCGGCUCUCCUGCUGGGAGUCGGCCUACAGCACAAAACCAUGGACCAGCUGGAAAAGGAGAUUGAGCUUCCUUGCAGCCAGCUGAUGGGCCUUUUCAACAGGAUCAUCCGCAAAAUGGUGCAGUUGUUCAGCGCAAUCCAGGAGAAGGCCAUUGAGGAGCAGAUGGUGGCAACAAAAGAUGUGGUCAUGGAGCCCACCAUUAAGUCCCUAAAUGAAGAUCUGGAUGAAGCUGCAAAAGAAUUCCAGGAAAAACACCUGAAAGAAGUGGGGAAGCUCAAGAACAUGGACCUCUCACAAUACAUAAUCCGUGGUGACGAUGAGGAAUGGAACGAUGUUCUGACCAAGGCUGGACAGAAUGCCUCCAUUGUCAGCUUGAAAAGCGACAAGAAGAGAAAACCCGAAGGUGAAAAAGAGCCAAGACAGAACAAGAAAUUGAAGAAAGGCCGAGACGCGAGGAACAAAAAGGAAGGCAAACUGAAAAGGAAGAACUAGUCUUGGCUCCUCGCUGGGCAUCUGGAGACCUGGCUGGAGACAGCAUUCCCAGCUCCCUGCAGAGAGAGAACUGUCCCCAGGACCGCUGAGGGCAGAGGUCAUUCUAGGGUGCUCCAAGCUCCCUCCAGGUCCUCCCCUUGACACCUGGAUCUCUCCCACUCCCGUCUGGAUGUGCCAUAAGUUCCCCCCUCCUGCCCACAGCACCUCCGAGCCCUUCUCAGUUCACUUCCUGACCCAGCUCCCCAGGCCCGUUUCUAUGCCCAGUGGAGGAUCCGAGGGGCUGAAGAUUCGGGCAUAAGACAGGCCACAGGCAUCUCACAUAGGGCAGCUUGGAGUUCCCCCUAGAAUGGGCAGAGGGCAUGGCAGUCAGGGAGAGGUAUGCCAGGAGAGCUGCCCACCCAAGCCUCAGAGAUAGUUUAGGCCUUGAGGUUGUCUCUGUCCCGCAGGCAUGGGGACUAGAAGCCGGGCUCCCUCACUGGUUCCUGUUUGAGGUGGGCAUUCUGGGACCUUAGGCAUCCCGGGGCAAGACGAGGGGCAGCAGGUUUUUCACACUUCCAAUCCCAAAAGGACUGUCUUGUCAGUUGGGUAUUAAAUACCUUUUUCCAUCCAA